GUGUCGUGAUCGUGUUUUCCCCUUUAAUUUAAUUAUUAAACGGUGCUAUUAGCUCGUAAUUAAAUCUCUACAUUUGCUCAACAUAAAAAGCAAAAAUGUCUUAUUACUAUGAAGAUCUGAGCCCAAUUGUCAUGAAGGAUAUGCUCCGCAAAUGGCGUGAGAGCAAUGAGCGACGCAGCGACGAGGUGGUUGAGCUUUGGAUGUCCAUCAUGGGCAUGAAUGAAGAGGGACAAGUCACCUCUUUGGGAAAUGAAAAAUAUGUUAUCCUGGAGCAAGUAAUAUUUGCGGCUUUAGAUGUCCAUAACUACAGUGUGGCAAAAUAUGCUAUCCUGCUGCUUAAUAACGAGUUCCCAGACAGUCUACGUGUACAGAGAUACAAGGCGGCCUUGCUUGAAGCCGAAGAGAAAUAUGAUGAAGCCCUCCAAAUCCUAGAUGGCAUAAUAAAAGUGGACGAGACCAAUGCGGCGGCGCGUAAGAGAAUUGUCGCCAUUUUCAAGGCACAGGGACUCAUUACAGAAGCUAUUAAGGAAUUAGUUGAUUAUCUAAAGAAGUUCAUGUCAGACGUGGAAGCGUGGCAGGAACUGUGUGAUCUAUAUCUUCAAGUGCAGGACUACUCCCGUGCUGCAUUUUGCGCUGAAGAACUAAUUCUGCAUCAGCCCCAUAACCAUCUCUUGCACCAGCGGUUGGCUGACAUCAAAUAUACCAUGGGUGGCAUUGAGAAUAUGGAAACGGCCAAGUCUUACUACUGUCAAGCACUGAAGCUAAAUCCUGACAAUAUGAGGGCCCUGCUUGGACUCUUCCUGGUGACGAACAACCUGCUAAACCACUACAAGUCGUCGGGCAACAGCAGCAAGCGUAAGGAGGUGUGGAAGUUGUGCCAAUGGGCGCAGGCGGCGGCGACGCGCAGGCAGCCCGCGCAGGACGCCUUGCCCGCUGCGCCGGCUCUCAGCCAGAUGAUGCUGUCGUUAGCCAUCACGGACUAGGCGAACAACGAGUGUCAAUAAGCAGUUUAAAGUGACAGUAAACAUUAACCCGUAUCUGACAGAAUUUACUCCGCAGCUUGUCACUGUUGGCUGUUGUGAGUGGAUUGUGUGCGGCCAUCAUUAUAUUUUGAUCGUUAGACACGGCCCUCCCAAGUUCUAAACAUUCGCAUAUACAGUAAGCAGGAGUGAAAGGAAAUUGCUUACGCGAUGUUGUCUUACCAGAUGUCUAAUUUUAGAAUAGCGCAUUAGAAUCGUGGGAGGGCCGACCUUUGGUGUUAUUUAGAAGUUUAAAUGUGCUUUUUAAAAAGUAAAAA